AUGGAGGAGUAUUUACAGUAUAUGAAGACUCUUCGUUCUCAAAUGAACGAUGUGGAAGAUCACGCUGCAAAAGUUUCCGUCGAGGAACAGAUGCAGAUUACCACAAUCAAGACCUUGGAGAUAGAUCUCGAUCAUGCAUUGUCUGAGAUAAAGAGACUUAAAGAAGAGACGGAUCAGAAGACGAGGACAAAAGGCGAAAUAUGCUCUCGUAUACUUGGAAACCAGAGAAAAAUUGCGUCGAUGGAAUCUGAUUCAGCAACUCUUGCACAGAGUCUGGAGCUUAUUUUACAGGAACGAGACAGUAUAGCUGCCAAACUUGCAAUGAAACGUUUUAACUAUCUAAAGACGGCAGAAGAAGCUAGAACCAAACUAGAGGAGCAAAAGGGCUGGUUUGUUUCCCAUAUAAGGAAUGAAACUGGUCAACAAGGACAGAAAAAUGAUUCUGCUACAAAGGAAAAUCAGAUGGAACUAUCAGAUUCUGCUAGAGCAAAGCUUGACCAAGCAAAACAGAUGAGAUCCAACCUUAUGCAGGAAAACUCAGAGAUGAAGCUAGCAAUUGAGCAGGUGAAGCACAAGAUCAACGAACUUAAGCCGGAGUUAAUGUCACUGGAUAUUAAGAUUCUAGAAGAUGAAUACACAGCUCUCUUAUCAGAUGAGUCUGGAGAGGCAGAGUAUCUACAUUCACUGCAGUGUCAGGCUGAGAAACUGAAGGGAAUUUCUUACAUUGCUAAAUGCGAUUGUGGAGAGGAAUACAGUGUUGGUCUAGAUUAG